GCCUUAAUAUAUUUUCCCAAUUACCUCCAGCUAUUCAGACUCUUCUGUUUGUCUCAUUCAAAGGAAUUCACGUGACAUAAUCCGGGGUUCUUGGCGCGACGUCACGGGCUUCGUUUAUCGCGAUCAUCGCCGCUGUCGGAAGUCCUGUCUUCCUCUACCUUUGGCCUACUUGAUAGAGGCAUCGGAUAUUCUACUGAGCUCAUCACUUAGCUCAUCACUCAGUCGAAAGCCAUCCGCCAGCAUGGCCUCCUCAUCCAAACCCCCGAGCUUCCUCCUCUACACCUGUAUAGCUCAUCGCACAACAAUCCUCACCGAGCACUCCGCCCCAGGAACAUCCUCCACCUCCGCCUCAUCCCUAGCCUCCAUCAUCCUCCCCAAGAUCACGCACGACAAAUCCCAGAAACUCACCUACACCCAUGACCGUCUCUUCGUGCACUGCAUCGCCGACUCCCCAACCGGCGAAGCAUCCGACGAUGCAACCCGCCACGAGCCCACAUCACACCUCCCGCUGAGCUACAUCGUCGUCGCAGCCGCGGAGCAAGGCCGUCGCAUCCCGUUCGCGUUUCUGCUGGAGAUGAAGCGCAAGUUUCUGUCUACGUUUCCGCCGUCGAGUACUGAUUUCCCAUCACUUCCUGCGUAUGGUUGUGCGGCGUUUAAUGUGGAGUUGCGAUCGCUGCUGCAAACAUUCAACACAGCCUCUCCGUCAGACUCGCUGGCGCUGGCGAAGCGAGACAUCGACGAUGUGCGGGGAAUCAUGACGGAGAAUAUCGAGCGGGUGUUGGAGCGAGGGGAGAGGAUUGAUUUGUUGGUUGACAAGACAGAUCGGUUGGGGGGGAGUGCGCAUGAUUUUCGGAUUCGGAGCCGCGGGUUACGGAGGAAGAUGUGGUGGAAGAAUACUAAGUUGAUGAUUAUGGUUGUUGUGGUGGUGAUUUUCUUGUUGUAUUUGUUCGUUGGGAUGGGGUGUGGAUUGCCGGCUUGGGGGAGGUGUGUGGGUUAGUUGUGUAGUAUUUUACGAUAUCAUGCUGGUGUUGUAUGUCUAGUCAUUCUUAUAGUAAUGGGUUUAUAUUUGAUCGCAUAUUAUGAGGGUUCAACUAAAUAGAACCGGCUGCAGUAUACACUCCGCACCGAGAUAUAUAUACCCGACAGGGAUCCUCGGGUACUUGCAG